AUGAGGGUUUCACCGCUUGGGAACACAUCUCGGCUGACUGCUCGUGUAGUAGUCACAGCGAUACUUUCGGUACUUGGAGGUGGCUUCCACUUCGUUGAUAAUCGAAUUCUUCCUUAUUGCAGUCGAUACUCAGUGGAGCUGUCAGAAUCUGAUCUGACAUUGGUAUGGUCAACGAUUGCCGGGUCUCUUUUCAUCGGAGCUGCAUUUGGAGCUUAUAUCAUGUCGAAGAUCCUCGAAAUUUAUGGCCCCAAACGUGGAAUUCUCUGCUCAGCUUUGGUACUCCUACUUUCAACUCCUCUGGCUGGCCUUUCACAUUUAAUCUCGUCUCCAGAAUUGUUCGUGCUUUCACGUUUACUUUCUGGCGUUGGAGUUGGCAUGGGAACCACGGCACAAGGAGUAUUUUUGGCUGAAAUCAGUCCAGUGGCUUACCGAGGUGUCGUUGGCUCAUUCGGUGGCUUCUCAACCAAUGUAGGCUUCAUCCUUGCAAGCGCACUCGGUCUACCUGACGUAUUUGGCAGUAAAACCUUAUGGGCUUAUGCAUUCUACAUCGAAGCGUUGCCCUGUUUGGUAGGUAAUACACUAUAUUACCUUCUUUCUGUAGGACUCAGCCCCAUAUCCAUAGAGAAAUGA